AUGGCAAAUAAAAACUAUUCCCCUGUCAAAGUUCCUCACAAUCCUUUCAAAAUACAAUUUCAAACAUUUGCAGGGCUAAAGCAUUUUAUUAAACAUGAAAAGUCAUCUUCUCAUGAAAUCUAUUUGGCUCAAAAGCUUCUUAACGACGCGAAGAAUUGAAUAACUGUUUUAUCUGUUAAAAAUUCAUAUUUCAACGUCAUAAAUUUUGCUGACCAUUGAAAUAUCACAAGGCAUCUUCAAAAAUUCGCAUCAAAAGACCACCUGCAACUUUUUUACAAAAUUAUUCUUCUAUCAAGAGAUUCAGAAGAAAUUUCACAAGCAUCUAGCAAUGCAGCCACAAUUCUGAAUAAACUAGGAUUUAUUUUUGACAAUAAAGAUUUCUCAAAUAUUAAAAUCCCUUAUGCAGAUUUAUCAAAAAAUUCUUUCUUAAAAGCAAAUUUUUCAAAUAGUGAUUUAACUUUUGCUGACUUUACAUCGUCAGUAGUUGCGCACUGUGAUUUUUCGAAUUGUAAAAUGAGGGAUUCCAAGCUCUCAAAAUUAAUUUUUGAUGGAAAUUCUGUUUGGAAGCUUGCUAUCUCGAAAUGCGAAAAAUAUGUGGCAGUAGUUAAUGAGAAGGAUGAUUCCAUAUUUUUAAUUUCCACUGAUUUAGAAAAAAUCAUCUGUACAGUAGAGAUAUCAAAUUAUUUCUGAAAAGACAUCAAAGACUUGAAAUUUUCAUUGGAUUCUUCUAGUCUUUAUAUUUUAUAUAAGAAUUCUGCAAAACUUGCUAUAUGGAAUUUCGCUGGAGACUCAAAGGUGAUCGAGUUCGAAGAUAAGGACGCAUUAGACUCAAUAAUCAGCGAUACUAUGCUAGCUUAUAUUAUGCCAAAUUUUAUUAUGAUUAAAGAAAUAGCGACUUUUAAAACUCUCUAUCAAAUUGACUUUGGUGAAAAUCCACAAAAUUGUAGCUUGGUAAACCUUUCACAAAAAUUUCUUGUAUGAAGAAAACUAAGACGAAAAAACAUAGAAAUCUGGUACUUUGAGUCUGGCGAAAAAUAUAAAAAAUAUUCAAAUAACCAUGGUUUCCAAAAUGAUAUUUAUUUUGAUCACUGGGGCAAUUAUCUUGAAUUAUGAAAAAUAAAGGGAGAUGAGCCGAUAUGAAAAAUAAAAUACGACACUGUAAAAAUGUAUUUUAAUUCAAGUAAUAAAUUUAUUGAAGAGGUGAAUUAUAAAAAAUUGUGGAUCAUUGAUAUUGAAAAACAAAAAUUUUUAAAAACAUCAAAAAGUGAGAAAAUAUGAGAGAUAUAUAAUGAUAUCAAGCUUUAUGGUUUAUGUAAUUAUGAUUAUUUUGGAUUAAAAUGUGCAUCGAAAACUUUAAAAUCUUAUUAUUUCACUGAGAGAGAGUUAGUUAGAGGGGUUUAAACGGGGUUUAUUUCAGCCCCUAGCCAGUCGAGCUUCACGCUUCAUGUCGCGCUAAGCACUAAAGCCACCUUCUUCUGGGCCAAAAAAAAAUGGUGAUGUCGUCAGUCUUACGGGGAGACUCACCCGAGCCUGCUUGCACCAAAAAAUUGCAGCACAGCACUCUCUUAACCCCCUGUAGUGCUCAAGCUAUGAGGAAGCGUCCAGUGCUUUCUUCUGGAACUAUCUUUGCCAUUUGCAGGCAGCAUAAUGCCCCUCCAGAAGUGCCCGAUUGGUAUUGUGCCAUCGGUCUUAUUGUCUGUGGGUCGAGGGGAGCCCGAAACUGCCACCUGGACCCCGUGGUCCUUCGAGGCAAUUUUGUUGUUUUUUGGCCUUGAACUCUAGGAUUUUUUUUUUGUGCCAUUAGCUAUUACCAAGAUAGCAAUUAUUUUAUUUCACUGAAGAACCUAAUUUAAAGACAAAUAAUUUUUAUAUCUCAUCAAUGAUUUUCUCUGAAAACAUCAUUCUUAAUUUUCUAUCAGGAUUUACAAAAAUAUUUGAUAUUGAAACCAGAAAACUUAUAAAAUCUACUAAAUUACCCAUCAAUGUGAAAUCGAAUUAUUUAGCAAGCUCCGGCGAUUUAUAUGCCUUUGGAAAUGAUGAUUUUAUUGAAAUUUGGAACAUUAAAUAUCAAAAAUUGGUCACAUCAAUUAAAAUUGGCUACCAAUUUUAUGAAUUACAAAUAUCAUGAGAAUAUAAUCAAUUUUCUUUGUACUCUUGCCAGGAUGACUCAUAUUUGAUUUAUAGCAUUGAUUCAGGUGCAAUUAUAAAAUCAAUAAAUAAUAUUGGUUUUUGUGAAAUCUGCAAAUUUACAGGUGACUAUCUUAUAUAUUAUGUGCCUCCUGAUUCUGUGAGAAUAUGAAGGCAAAACAGUAUCAAAAUUGAGCACAUAUUUCUUGGAGCAGAAAUAGGCAGUAUUACUUGUUCUCCUUGCAAAAAAUGAGCUGCAUUACAUAAUUCCCGUAAUAAAAGCAUAAUUUUAAUACUCAAUAUUGAUACAAAAUUAUUUUCAUCAGUCAGCCAUGAAUCAAGCGAAAUAUAUGAACCUUGUGAGUCAUGCUUUUCACCUUGUGGACAAUAUUUCAUUACAGCUAGAUGCUCUGAUAUUAUUCUAUGGGAUACAACAAAUUGUGCAAAAAUCGCUAAAAUGAAUGUUAGCUUCUCAGUUAGUUAAAUUGUUAGUUAAAUUGUUUAAAACUGGCCAUAAGUGUUUGCACACUAGCCUUUGCCCCGUCGGCUCCAAGCGGGAAAUUCCUCUUCCCAUUGCUUACUUGGUUUUCCGGUCUGAACCACUCGAAUCCAAGGGUUAGCCCACCUGGGUUCUUCGCCCGCGUCUGAGCGCUCCGCUAGUCCCGACAGAGAAGGACUAGGUGGUAGGACAAAACCCAGCCUGGGCUGCGCAAACCUACGGAGGAGAAAUAAAACUUCACCCGAGGAGGGAAAGAGACUCCUUCUCCAUGCCCUACUAGACCCCAGCCCGGUCAUACUUCGGUCGAAUGGAUUUGUGGAGCCCUGCCUUGCUCAAAAUGGGUGAGACGCCUCGGAGCUCAACUCCGUCAUACGUAACCAUUUUAUUUCUUUUAGCUUCUCAGGAAUUUGAAAAAUUUCAUUCUCUGAAUGUGGUAGAUAUAUAGCAUCAACGCUAUAUAAUCUGAUAAUAUUAAUUUGGGAUGCUGAAGAAUGUAUAAAAAAUCACCAAAAAAGAAUAGGGACAGACUCAGAUACGAUUUUGGAUAUAGAUAGAGUUAUAGUUUCAGAUAAAACUGUGUUUGUUGAGAAUAAUUUGAGUGGAGUUGUUUAUGUGGGUAAGCUUUAA